CAGAGAGCUCGUGUUAUGAAAGCACCAACACGUGAGUUUGACAACCAGGGAGAUGAGGACGGCCUUUCCCUCAGCUCCCUGAUGAAGCCCCGUUACUCCCCCCCGGCCCUACUGGCCCUGCUGGCCUGCUGCCUGGCCCUGAGCCGGGGCUACACCCUGCGGAGCUCCGUGUCCUGGGUGGUGUCCUCCAACGACGUGGUGGAGGACGCGGACCUGUCGGAGGAGGUGGCCCCGGCGCUGCUGGUGGACGGAGCGGGGCUGUGGAAGCAGGCGUACCCGUCCCCGGACGUCCUGGCAGACGGCGUGGAGAGCCCCGGGGAGCUGGUGAAGCCCGAGAGCGACGGCGUGGCUCGGCUGUCCUCCCGCCUCUUCUCCUACCGGCUGGAGAAGGUGAAGAAGUCCGCAGGUGGCUCUCCUCCUCCGCACCAGGAGACCGCCAGGACCGCCAGGUACAUCGCCCACUACAGCGACUGGGGACACCUGGCCACCAUUUCCACCCUGGACAAGAUCAAAGGUCUCCCCUUUGGGAACAUUUUCUCCGUCAGCGAUGGGCCGCUGGACAACAGCACUGGAGUCAUCUAUUUUUACGUGACUCCGAUGGACAACACGGUGUCGGACCUGAAGAGUAACCCAUAUGCCUCGCUCACCUUCUCAGAGGCCGAGGGAGAAUUCUGCAGGCAAAUGGCGUAUGAUCCAGAGGACCCCAGAUGUGCUCGACUAACACUAACAGGGAAGAUGGUGGAAGUGGCACCAGAGGAGCUCACGUUUGCAAAGGAAGCAAUGUUCUCCAGACAUCCUGUGAUGGCAAAAUGGCCAGUGGGACACAAGUGGUUCUUCAUGAAGCUGGAGCUGAUCCAGGUGUGGCUGCAGGACUGGUUCGGAGGAGUAUCGCUCAUUCCACUGGAGGACUAUUUCAAAGCUACGCCUUUCUGAGACCAUCCCUCACUUCCUGCAUCAUCACCCUCAGCUGUCUGCAUCACAGAUAUCACUCCGGUAAGGUGUGAGAUUCUCACAGCAGCAAUGUGCAAAGAAUAUUUUACUUUUUUAAAAGAGACUGUUGCUUAUUUCAUUUGUGAGAAUGAAUAUUCUUCACAGCUGCUUAUUUAACCCUCGUGUCGUCCUGAAGGCAGAAGUUUUACUUACAUAUAUAUAUAUAUAUAUACAUAUAUAUAUAUGAUCACCUUAGAUAUUUUUAGGAUUUUUUUGGAAGAUUUUUACUCAUUUUCUGAAAAUAUUUACAAGAAUUUUCUUGCCAAAUUUGGGGGAUUUUUUUAAAAAUAAAACUUUUAAAGGCAACUUGUAAGGAAUUAUUGGAAUUUUCUUCCUGAAGAUUUGGGGAAUUUUUUGCUGAAUUUUUGGAUUUUUUUCACACAAAGAAACAAUAUUUUUUGGUGCCCAUAAAUGAAGACAACAGGAGGGUUAAAAACUAACUGAACUUCAGCUUGUUAUACGAGAUCAUGUAAUCCGUUGUCUUUGUUUGACGUGUGAAUGUAUCGACCGCGUUCUGUGUCAUUUUAUUAAACGCUGAUUACUAUGUUUUGGGUUUGCAUUAAGAUAUGUGUGCCGUUUGAAAAAUAAAUAUUAACACACCCAGUUAUUGAGCAUACUUUUUACUGUAUAAAUAUUCAAAGGGAAUUGUAAUGUCAACACUCUUGACCGUUAUUUUUUCACUUUGGGACAAAAAUGUGAAUGAAAAUCAUGUUUGUUGAUUAAAGUUACAUGACUCAGGUUAAUGUAAAAACAUAAAAAUAAAAAUCAGCUCCAUAGUAGCAGCUAUGAGUGGAAAUAGGUUAUUACCCAGACUGUAUGGUGUCAAAGGCAAUCUCAGCUCAGGGUGUAUUUAAUCGUGGUUCUAGAGCUUUGAUCAUGUCACAUUACUUUUUUAAUAAGUUCAUUAAUUUAAAGUUUAAAUUUCCAUGUUUUUCUGAGCGCUUGAACUUCCAACUUCCCAGACUGAAAACUUCCAGAUUAUACCUUGAGAUGAGACUGUUUGGUCAACUGCUGUUACCAAAGUCAAAAACAAGCUCCUAAAUUUGUAAUUUGCUCUGAUAUUAUGUAUGUACUGCUGGUCAAAUAAAGCAUGGUAUCAUAUCUA